GAACAGAAGCAUCGAUCCAUGAUCUCAGGGAAGACCCUUUUGCAACAUGCGACUAACUGAUGGAGGGGGAGUGAUGGGCUAAGAGAAAAAGAGAGUGGAGUACAACGGGACCCAAAAGAGCAACAACAGCUAUUCAUGUGUAAAUACUUCAUGGGAAACGUACACUUCUAAUACUCUGCACAAUGAGCAAAAAACACCAACAGAAUGAGGAGGAAAUAUAGCCUAACUCUGAGCAGCUUGUGAGUGCAAGGAACUGGCAGAGGCUCAGCAUGAAUUAAAAAGGAUUGAAGAAGAUGGAGAGCACCCUUUGCUGUGAGCCCAGGCUCUCUGCUAUGGAUAGCAGCAGGGGACUCUUAUUUCUCCUUCUCUACAUUUUAAUAGGCAUCCCUCAGACUUUCCAGCAAGUGUUAAGGAUCGGAGGAAUAUUUGAAACUGUGGAGAAUGAACCUGUUAAUGUUGAAGAAUUAGCUUUCAAGUUUGCAGUCACCAACAUUAACAGAAACAGAACACUGAUGCCUAAUACCACAUUAACCUAUGACAUCCAGAGAAUUAACCUUUUUGAUAGUUUUGAAGCCUCAAGACGAGCAUGUGACCAGCUUGCACUUGGGGUAGCUGCACUGUUUGGACCAUCCCACAGUUCCUCAGUCAGUGCAGUGCAGUCUAUUUGCAAUGCUCUUGAAGUUCCACAUAUACAGACCCGAUGGAAGCACCCUACAGUGGAUAACAAAGAUGCAUUUUAUAUCAACCUCUACCCAGACUAUGCAGCGAUCAGCAGGGCCAUUUUGGAUUUGGUACUCUAUUAUAACUGGAAAAUCGUGACAGUAGUAUACGAGGACAGUACAGGUCUAAUUCGCCUGCAAGAGCUCAUCAAAGCCCCUUCUAGAUAUAACAUUAAAAUCAAAAUCCGUCAGUUGCCCUCUGGGAAUAAAGAUGCCAGGCCUUUACUCAAGGAGAUGAAGAAAGGCAAGGAGUUCUAUGUGAUAUUUGAUUGCUCACAUGAAACAGCAGCAGAAAUCCUUAAGCAGAUUCUUUCCAUGGGAAUGAUGACUGAAUACUAUCACUACUUUUUUACAACACUGGAUCUAUUUGCAUUAGAUCUGGAACCCUACAGAUACAGUGGAGUAAACAUGACCGGAUUUCGUCUGCUCAACAUUGACAAUCCACAAGUUUCAUCAGUUAUUGAAAAGUGGUCAAUGGAAAGGUUACAAGCACCACCCAAACCAGAAACUGGUCUCCUAGAUGGCAUGAUGACAACUGAAGCAGCUCUGAUGUAUGAUGCUGUUUAUAUGGUUGCAGUGGCCUCCCAGCGUGCCUCCCAAAUGACUGUCAGCUCCCUGCAGUGCCACAGACACAAGCCAUGGCGUUUUGGACCCAGAUUUAUGAAUCUGAUAAAAGAGGCACGGUGGGAUGGUUUGACUGGGCGCAUUACCUUCAACAAAACAGAUGGCUUAAGAAAGGAUUUUGAUUUGGACAUUAUUAGUCUCAAGGAGGAAGGAACAGAAAAGGCUGCUGGCGAAGUUUCUAAACAUUUAUAUAAAGUGUGGAAGAAGAUUGGGGUUUGGAACUCAAACAGUGGCCUUAAUAUGACUGACAGCAAUAAAGACAGAUCUACCAAUAUCACUGAUUCACUGGCUAACCGAACACUCAUAGUCACUACCAUUUUGGAAGAUCCCUAUGUUAUGUACAAAAAGUCUGAUAAGCCCUUGUAUGGAAAUGACAGAUUUGAAGGAUAUUGCCUGGAUUUGUUGAAGGAACUCUCAAAUAUUUUAGGGUUCAUCUACGAGGUCAAACUAGUUUCUGAUGGUAAAUAUGGAGCCCAGAAUGACAAAGGAGAGUGGAAUGGGAUGGUCAAAGAACUUAUAGAUCAUAAAGCUGAUCUGGCAGUUGCUCCUCUCACCAUCACCUACGUAAGGGAGAAAGUAAUUGACUUUUCAAAACCCUUCAUGACACUUGGGAUCAGUAUUUUGUACCGGAAACCAAAUGGCACAAAUCCUGGUGUUUUCUCUUUUCUAAACCCUCUCUCUCCUGAUAUUUGGAUGUACGUCCUCCUAGCCUGCCUUGGAGUCAGUUGUGUACUCUUUGUAAUUGCAAGGUUUACACCCUAUGAGUGGUAUAACCCCCACCCGUGCAACCCUGACUCAGAUGUGGUGGAAAACAAUUUUACUUUACUAAAUAGUUUCUGGUUUGGAGUUGGAGCUCUCAUGCAGCAAGGAUCAGAGCUGAUGCCCAAAGCUCUCUCUACCCGAAUAGUUGGAGGAAUAUGGUGGUUUUUCACCUUAAUCAUAAUUUCAUCCUACACAGCCAACUUGGCUGCCUUCCUAACAGUUGAAAGAAUGGAAUCCCCCAUUGAUUCAGCAGAUGAUUUGGCAAAGCAAACCAAGAUAGAAUACGGAGCUGUUAGAGACGGAUCAACUAUGACCUUCUUCAAGAAAUCCAAAAUAUCAACAUAUGAAAAAAUGUGGGCGUUCAUGAGCAGUAGGCAGCAGACUGCACUGGUGAAGAACAAUGAUGAGGGAAUCCAGCGGGUGCUCACAACAGACUAUGCCCUGCUAAUGGAAUCCACCAGCAUAGAAUACGUGACUCAGAGAAACUGCAACCUCACCCAGAUUGGAGGACUCAUUGAUUCUAAAGGCUACGGUGUGGGAACUCCUAUUGGGUCUCCUUACAGAGACAAAAUUACUAUUGCCAUUCUCCAGCUACAGGAGGAGGGGAAACUGCACAUGAUGAAAGAAAAGUGGUGGCGGGGUAACGGGUGCCCUGAGGAGGACAGCAAAGAGGCCAGUGCUCUGGGGGUUGAGAAUAUUGGGGGCAUCUUUAUAGUGCUUGCUGCUGGACUUGUUCUUUCAGUGUUUGUAGCCAUUGGAGAAUUUAUAUAUAAAUCAAGGAAAAACAGCGAUAUUGAACAGUGUCUUUCUUUCAAUGCUAUAAUGGAGGAGCUCGGAAUUUCACUCAAGCAUCAGAAGAAAUUAAAGAAAAGGUCAAGAACUAAAGGGAGAUCAUCGUUCACAAGUAUCCUUACUUGUCAUCAGAGGCGGACACUGAGGAAAGAAACCAUGGCAUAAACAGGGGGAAACCCCUCCCAGGAAACAUCAGGAAUAAAAACAAACAACCAAACUUUGCUGCCUACAAAAUUGACUUGAGGAAUUUCUGAAAAUAGACUUGUUCUUCAGAAAUUGUAUGUGGUUUCUUUUUAUCUAGGAAAGGUCCAGCAGUUUAAAUGCUCAUUUAGACUGAAGUACAACUAUUUGGAAAAGCAUCUCACCAUUUCUUUUGAAAAGAAUUUGUAUGCUGACCUAUUUUGCAUCACUGUUCCCUUCCCAUACAUCGCUGUAUGUGCUUUCUAAAUAAAUAAAGAU